AGCGGCAAGGCAGCGGCAAACUGUGAGGGGAACAGUCACAAGUCGUCCGUUGUAGUAACGUCGCAUAGCGACCAAGUUCUCGGGUGAAGCCACGGACAGGCACUGCUGAAACAACACACACACACACAGCCAUGAGCCAACAGACAGCAGCGAGAGAGUCAGGAGGAAGCUCGGAGUUGUCGGGUCAUGGAGGUGAUACUUUGAACCUAGCCUCUCUUUCCGGUGACAUAGAGCUGAAAGUUCCUGUUCAGGGUCCUGGGACCGAGACAAACACCAUUAAACAGCUUCUAAGCGAGUUCAAAGGACUCUACGAGCAGAGGUUAGGAUGCCUAGAAACGGACACCGCCGGAACGCCUGAGGAACUGCUACAGAGGAAAGUGAAUUUUCUGCGGUCUUAUGUGAAUGACCUCGCAGACCAGAACCAGGUGCUGGUUCAAACCAUUGAAGAUCUGCAGAACGAAGCCGAUGACAACGUUUCUAGUUGGGGAAUGAAGCCAUGCGUCUCCGAUCCUAGUUUGGAGGUGCCUGAAGUUGAUCUGAAUGCUUUGUUGCUGGAUGAGUUUGGUGGACCUGCCGCUCACAUCAAACACAGUGCUGGUUCUUUGGUCCAGAUCACCUCUGAGUUUGAAGACCUGAAAGUCCAGUUGCAAACUAAGGACAUGAUCAUCUCUGAUCUGGAGAAGCAGCUCAGAGAGACUUUCCAGCAGAAACAAAAGAACGCAACACAGAUGCUGGAAAGUAGCGAGAGGCUGGUGCACCUGCAGAGCGAGCUCUCCUGUCUGCAGCGGAUCCAGAAAGACAACACGAAGGAGAUAGCUGAGAAAGACAUCUGCAUCACCAAACUGCAAGCAAACAUUCAGCUGCUGCAACAAGAGGAGGCCGACACGCGCACUCAGCUCUCCAGGCUGUGCGAGACGGCGAGGGAGCUUCAGGAGGAGCUGAAGAGAAAAGAGGAGGAAUGGAGGCAAAGAGAUGAUGAACGGAGAGUGAAAUAUGAAAAAGAGCAUCAAAAAGCAGAGGAGAGGAGAAGGCAUCAGCAACAAAAGAGAGAGGAGGAGUGGGUGAAGAAAGUGGAGGAGGAGAGGAAGAGGGAGGAAGAGUGGAAGAGGGGGAUUGAGGAGGAGAGGAAGGCUCAUGCUGAAGCUGUUAAAAAGUGGGCUGAGAAGACAGCUAUUUUGAAUUCUGAGUUGAAGGUCAGCAGGAAGCAGGUGGAGCGACAGAACAGGGAGCUGUCUGAAUCCCACCAGAAGGAGGAGAUGCUUCUCUCUGAGGCGGAGGCCAAAAUGGUGUCUUUGAGGGGCGAGCUCAGCGCCUUAUUUGACAGAAGGAUGGAGGAGAAGGAAACAAAGAUUAACCAACUGAGUGAGGAGCUGAAUAGAGUGAGACAAAAGAUGAAAGAGCGAGAGAAACAUGUGAAGCACCUGAACCAUGAUGUGGUUGGCUUGCGAGCCGCACAGGACUCUCUGAAGAGAACCUUAGCUGUGAAGGAGAAACACACACACCAGCUGGUCCAAGACAACACGCAGCUCAAAGAAAGCCUGGCUUUGCUGCAGACCAAAUUACAAACCAGUGAAUUCAUGUUGAGCGGUAUUACUGAAUCCAUGGAUCAGACCAAAACUGGCCUGGACACAGAAAGACAGCAAAGGCAGCAGAUCCAGGACCAGUUGAACCAUGCCAACAAAGACAUGGAGCGUCUGCAGGAGGAACUGACCUGCGUACGUCGCACCACUGAAAAGAAGAUUCAGAAGAGGGAGACAAAGAUGUGUGCGCUGGUGCUGGAGCUCACAGAGAGUAAGAAGCAGCACUCUGAAUGUCAGAACGAGUUGGGCCGAAGAGAGACGGCUUUGGAGAAACUGUGCAAGGAGAGGGAUGAGCUGAGAGCCAAGAUGGAGGACCGGGGCAGAGAGUGUGUCCACCUCAACCAGACCAAAGAGAGGCUGGAGGCUGAUUUGGCUCUCAGCCAUGAGAAACUCCACACCUCACACCUGGAGGUUCGAAGCAGAGAUCAGUUAAUUCUGCAGUUAAGAGCUGAAAUAAAAACAGCCGAACAAAAGCAUCAAAAGACACUGGAGCAGGUGGCAGCACUGGAGGGUGAGGUAGGACACUUGAAACACAAGGUCAGAGGACACCAGGAAGAGGCCUGUCACUUAAGCGAAAAGGUCAGAGAUAUUGAGCACCUUAAAGACCAGAAGGAGAAAGAACAACUGCAGCUACACGAUUGCCUCCGUAUUAGUCAGCAACAGGUCGAGACAUUUGAAGAGAAGCUAAAGAAGCAGGAGGUCGAGAUGGAACUUCUUCAGCAGCAGCUUAAAGGAGCCAAGGAGGAGCUGAAAGAUGCCAGUUUGCAAGCCCAGGGGCAGAAAGAAAGUGUAGCCAUUUUUAAACAAAAAUACACAGCAGCAAUAGAGAAGGUGCAGAGGGUGCAAGGGCAGGUGGAGCUUCUGGAAGAAGAGCUACAGUACUCACAGCAACAGCUAAGAGAGUCCCAAGCAGCAACUCAUUCGGUGAAGGAAGAACUAGCUCAGAUGGUGAAGCGGUACCAUGAAAAGGUCAGCCAAUGGGAGAACUCACAGGAGGCUCUUGACCAGUUGACGGAUGAGCUCCAGGCCAAUCAAAAUGCACUGAGGGAGAAUCAGCAAAAAGUGGACGAUCUUAAAGGCCUGAUAGAUUCCCUGCAAGAGCAGGUGGACGCUCUCAAACAGCAGAAACUGAUGUCGGAGCGUGACCUCCGGCUGUAUCAGCAGAGUCAUUCACAUUCUGACGUUGAGUAUCUCAGCCUGUUGACACACAGACAGGAGCUGCAGAAGCGCUGUACUGAGCAGGUUGAGCGCCUUGCGGAGUGUGAAAAGGCUAUUCCUCAGAUGAAGUCAGAGCUGCAGAGACGAACCCAGGAAAAAGAGGGUCUGAAGCAAAGUUUGGCUGCAUCCCACCAUACGCACAUGAGUAAUCGCGGUCAGCUGGAACAGGAAGUGCUUCACCUGAAAAAGGAAGUUACACGUUUAGAGCUUGAGCUGGCAAACACCCAAAAGGUACAUGUGACACUUCUCAGACAGUCAGAGGAGGAGCUGAAGGAGGCCAGACGAGAGGCGGCAAGAAGGAGCAGCGAGCUGUGUGUGCAGAGAGAAGAGGCGCAGAGACUUCAGGAAGUGUUACAGAGGGAGGAGGAGGAGAUGAAGAACGCCAUCAGACAGAAACAGAGUCUGAGCAGUCACAUCAGGCAGUUGAGCCAAGAGCUGGAAGAGCUGGGCAGCAAGCACCGAGUGGCAGUGGAGGAGUUGGCAGCCCGUGCAGAGGAGGCGAGGCGGAUGGAGGGGUGCCUGAAUGAGGGAAAGCUAGCAGAGGGGAAAAUAAGGUCAAUGGCAGUGAAGCUGGAGUCGGAGGUGGCAGAACACAAGAGGAAUCUCCAGCAGGCUGUCGAUCACAAACUCAGGGCAGAGCGAGAGAAACAGGACGCACAGGACCAGGUGGACACACUUCGGUCAGAGCUGGAGGGGACACGGUCUGACAAUGCAAAGCUUCGCCAUGAAAGCCAGCUGGUUAUGACUAAUGUCAACCGCUGGAUUACGGAACAAAAGGCAUCCAACGAGAGCCUUACUGCCCAGAUGAAGGCCCAAAACAAGUUGCAUCUCAUUGCCACUGAAGAGAAAGAACAUCUUCAGGAGGCUAAUGACACAUUGAAGGCGGAGGUAAAGAGACUGAAAGAAGUGGCGGAUGAGAAGGAGAGAGACACGGAGCGCUUGAAGGCCCAGACUCGAGACCAGGGCACAUGGCAAGACGAGAGAACCAUGGAAAAGCAGGGGUUUGUGGCUCUGAACCUCAACAAAAUUGAGGACAUGCAGACUAGACUGCGAUGUAACCUGGAGGCUAUCGGAAUGCUAAAUCAACAAUUAAACGCCCUCAGCGGGGAGAAUAAGCGGUUGCGUAGGCAGCUGGAGGAGGAAAGGUCCAUGCGACUGCUCCCUCCUCCUCCCACCUCCCAGCAGUGCUCCUCCGUCCACCUCCCCUUCUCCCUCAGGGCCCGCCCACCUCCUCCCUCCACCUCCACCUCACUACCCUCAUCCCUCCGCCUCCCUCAUCCCCUGAGCCUGGACACAGCGACAAGGGACAUAGAAGGGAUUCUAACCCAAACUGAGCUGAGACAAGCUGUACUAGAGAGACCAGGUGAGUCCCGGGCUUUGGGUGAAGCUUUCUGGAUUAGGCCGACCGCCUCAGUCUCUCUGGAAGAUGCUCGGUCUGGGAGGACAAGCAGGGAUCUGACCAAAUGAAGCCCCCUGAAGACUUUGACCUGUCAUGACUUUUCGACCUCCAGCUCCUCACCAGGGAGUGCGCUCAGUAUGAGGUUAAUGUCCUUCAGGUCAAAGUCAAGUCCCAGGAUGCUCUUUGCCUGAGGGGUGCUCCAGAACCAGAGAAUGAUGGAAUUUCAUCAAAUCAACUCAAAAAGGUCUCUUCUGCUGUGCCAUGAAGACAUUUAUGCCACGAACAUAUUCACAUUUUUAUUGAAUAAAAUCUGACACAUUAAAGUAAAGCAAUUAGAUGUUCCAUCAAAACGUUGCAAUGCUAUGCGGAGUGGUAGCGAAUACUUCUUUAAAGACUUCUUCUAACACUAAGCACUCAAAUAUUUUUUUGUGACUGCACUUAUUUGAAAAUUCCAAACAGUUCUAAGGACCUAUAAUCAAUUUCAGCCAGGACAAAUUCUUCAGUGUUGAUGAAUGUGUCUUCCACUGGAGAAGCUUUAGAUAAAUUAGGAACGGCACAUCAUCAGUAUACCUCAGAUGUUGAUGUGAAUGGCUGUAACGCGGUCUCUGAUUACGCUGCAGCUGUGCACCAUGUGUCCUUCAUCUACUGCGGCGAAUGUGGCCGUGUGUCUUUAUGCGCGAGUGCAUUAUGUGUCUGCGUCUCUCUAAGUGCCUGUGGGGGUGGAGUGUGUGCUUGAAUGUUUAUUAUCA